AUGAAGCUCGUGGAGGAGCGCGUCGCCCAAACCGAGUCGGAGAACCGUCCCUUCACCUCCGCCGAGCAGCAAUCCAUGGCCAAGUACUACACUCCUCAGCAAAUCGAAGCCAUCAUCGCAGCGGAGAAGUCCAUAGACACGAAUGAUCUCGCGCUCCAAGGUCAACUCCGCUCGGACGCCUGGCGGAUGGAAUACCUCGACGACUUCACCAAGCUCCGAUCCGCCAUCGACUAUCCAUCCAACUCCCCCUCCUCCCCCCACCCGACCACGUCCGUCGCCCCUGCGAUCCCUAAACUACCUGACAGCGAUUUCACCGCGCCCACCCGCCUACAAACCGACACCGAAGGCCCGAUGGACCGACUAGCGAAGAUCUCCGGCUUCGACCUCAAGGAGAUGAAGGGCUUCCACACCCGCGUCCUGGUUAACCGGCGCGUCGUGAACCAGACGCGGCUGGGGAAGAUCCAGUCGAUCAGCAUCCUGGCGCUGGCGGGUAAUGGUGACGGGUUGCUGGGGCUCGGGGUGGGGAAAGCGGCGGAGUUCGCGGACGCGAUGAAGCAUGCGCGGCUGGAUGCGAUUCGGAAUAUGAAGCCGGUGCCGCGGUAUGAGGGCCGGACGAUCUUUGGGACGGUGCAUGGGAAGGUGGGGGCGGUCCAGGUGGAGUUGAGUUCGAGGCCGCCUGGGUUCGGCACGCGAGUCUCGCAUCUGAUCUUCGAGAUAUGUAAAGCGGCGGGCAUCACGGAUCUAUCAGCUCGAGUGGGCAAGUCACGGAAUCCAAUGAAUACGGUAAAGGCGGCGUAUGAAGCUUUGAUGAGUCAACGGCUACCAGAAGACGUUGCACGGGGACGAGGGAAGAAGUUGGUGGAUGUACGGAAAGUGUACUAUGCUGGGAAUGUGUUGUAG